GAGUGCUCCCAGCCGGCGCGCUCCAGCCCUCGGAUGCCCGGCCGGAACCCCGCCGCUUGUUGCAUGCCUCCGCGGCUCUCCCCAGCCGGCUGCUGUCUGCUGUGACUCCCUUCCUGGCAGGCGGGCGCCGGUGAGGCUGUACCCCAGGCCACGCACUUGUGGGCUCCAGCGCACAACCCGAGGCUAGAAGCUGGGAGGAUGGACGAGUCCGGGGAGCGCAACCUCCCGGAGCUGGGCAGCCAGGGUUCCGGAGCCGGCGAGGACAUUGAGAUCGUCGUGAAUGUGGGGGGCGUGCGGCAGGUGCUGUACGGAGACCUCCUCAGCCAGUACCCGGAGACCAGGCUGGCGGAGUUAAUCAACUGCUUGGCUGGGGGCUACGACACCAUCUUUUCCCUGUGCGACGACUACGACCCCGGGAAACGGGAGUUCUACUUUGACAGAGACCCUGACGCGUUCAAGUGUGUCAUAGAGGUGUACUAUUUUGGGGAGGUCCACAUGAAGAAGGGCAUCUGCCCCAUUUGCUUCAAGAACGAGAUGGACUUCUGGAAGGUAGACCUCAAGUUCCUGGACGAUUGUUGUAAGAGCCACCUGAGCGAGAAGCGCGAGGAGCUGGAGGAGAUCGCGCGCCGGGUGCAGCUCAUCCUGGACGACCUGGGUGUGGACGCGGCCGAGAGCGGCUGGCGGCGCUGCCAGAAGUGCGUCUGGAAGUUCCUGGAGAAGCCCGAGUCGUCGUGCCCGGCGCGAGUGGUGGCCGUACUGUCCUUCCUGCUCAUCCUCAUCUCCUCAGUGGUUAUGUGCAUGGGCACCAUUCCCGAGCUGCAGGUGCUGGACGCCGACGGCAACCGCGUGGAGCACCCGACGCUGGAGAACGUAGAGACGGCGUGCAUCGGCUGGUUCACGCUGGAGUACCUGCUGCGCCUCUUCUCCUCACCCAACAAGCUGCAUUUCGCCCUGUCCUUCAUGAAUAUCGUGGACGUGCUGGCCAUCCUGCCCUUCUACGUGAGCCUCACCCUCACGCACCUGGGCGCCCGAAUGAUGGAGCUGACCAACGUGCAGCAGGCGGUGCAGGCCCUGCGGAUCAUGCGCAUCGCAAGAAUCUUCAAGCUGGCGCGCCACUCCUCAGGUCUGCAGACCCUCACCUAUGCCCUCAAGCGCAGCUUCAAGGAACUGGGGCUGCUGCUCAUGUACCUGGCAGUGGGCAUCUUUGUCUUCUCCGCCCUGGGCUACACAAUGGAGCAGAGCCACCCUGAGACCUUAUUUAAGAGCAUCCCCCAGUCCUUCUGGUGGGCCAUCAUCACCAUGACGACGGUUGGCUAUGGUGACAUCUACCCCAAGACCACACUGGGCAAGCUCAACGCGGCCAUCAGCUUCCUGUGCGGGGUCAUUGCCAUUGCCCUGCCCAUCCACCCCAUUAUCAACAAUUUCGUCAGGUACUACAACAAGCAGCGGGUCCUGGAGACUGCAGCCAAACACGAGCUGGAGCUGAUGGAGCUCAACUCCAACAGCGGAGGGGAGGGAAAGGCUGGGGGCUCCCGGAGUGACCUGGACAACCUCUCGCCCGAGCCUGCAGGGAAUGAGGGACCUAGAUGGAACAGCAGGCUGAAGAUCUCCCACAGUGACACCUUCAUCCCCCUCCUGACUGAGGAGAAGCACCAUAGGACCCGGCUCCAGAGCUGCAAGUGAUGAAGGGCAUCCCAAGCAGAGAAGGACUGGGCCUGUGGGCGGAUGGACGGUGAAAUGGGCAUGGUGGCGAGUGCCUGAGAGUAGCUGUCCUUUGUCCCCCCUCUCCUUUCCUGAACAGAAUUCUGAAGGCCCUCUUGGGCACCUCUGACAAGGCUGGGUAAGACCCCUUUGUGUUGCUGACUGUCCAGGAGCCUGUGUGGAGGGAAAGGUGUCCAAGAGCCACUGGGCAGUGUGGGGUAGGGGCUGAGUGGAGGCCGUGGACUGGCUGGUGGCCAGAGCCCAUGCCCGGUUCUGUAUCUCCUUCAAUAAAGCCUCCUGCUCUGUGCACCCAACCCGAGUAGUAGGUUCUGUCACAGGCUGGCUGUUGCUCCCGAGAUGUGGCUCAGACUUGCCCCAGUACCAGGCCAGGAGGUAGGUGUGCAGGGGAGGAGGUGGUAUUUUUAGCUGGGAAUGAAUUAAAGUUGGGCUCAUAAUGCAGGGUUCAGCGCCAAGGAGCCUUGCCACAUUCCAGGAGCUCUGCGCUGGUGAUGAUUCUUUCGUUCGUUCGCUUUCCUUCUGGGGAAAAACUUGCUCCCUGAGGGCUCCCAGGAGGGGCACGACUUCACAGAACAGAGA